AAAAUAUAAAGGAAUUAAUAAUAAAUGCAAUCUAAAUUAAAUUUAUACUUGUAAUCUAAUAAUUUUGAGCUUGCUAUUCUGAGGUCUGACGUCCAAGAUGAAGCAUCGAUUACGUUAAUGUAUUCAUACGAAUAGUGUGGAACAAUGUAUCGAUCAAACAGUCGAUUAUAGCUUGAUCUUUUCUGUGCCGAUGGUGCCUUCAUUCCACUCCGGGAUUUAUUUAGCAUAGUUUUAUUAACUUAAGAUGGAAGAAGAUUUGACGAGAAAAUAGAGAGGUAACCUUGUCUUGGUAUAAGAAAAUUGUCAGAGCAGCAGGAUCCCAAACGAAUCCGAAAAUGUUCAAGAACACCUUCCAAAGUGGUUUUCUAUCCAUUCUGUACAGCAUUGGCAGCAAACCCCUGCAAAUCUGGGACAAGAAAGUGAGAAAUGGACAUAUCAAGAGGAUCACUGACAAUGAUAUUCAAAGCCUUGUCCUGGAGAUACUAGGCAGCAAUGUUAGCACAACAUAUAUCACGUGUCCUGCAGAUCCAAGGAAGACUUUGGGCAUAAAGUUGCCCUUUCUGGUGAUGAUUAUCAAGAAUCUAAAAAAGUAUUUCACAUUUGAGGUUCAGAUAAUUGAUGACAAAAAUGUACGUCGUAGAUUUCGUGCGAGUAAUUAUCAAUCAACAACGAGAGUGAAACCAUUUAUAUGUACAAUGCCAAUGAGACUGGACGAUGGAUGGAAUCAAAUACAAUUCAAUUUGGCUGACUUCACACGUCGUGCCUAUGGAACAAAUUAUGUAGAGACACUGAGGGUCCAAAUUCAUGCUAAUUGUAGGAUACGGCGAGUGUACUUUUCGGAUCGAUUAUAUUCAGAGGACGAAUUGCCGGCAGAAUUUAAAUUAUUCUUGCCUAUUCAAAAUAAGGCAAAAUGUUGAUAAUUAAUGAAGGAAAUGCGAGCAUCUUUAAUAAAAGAAAGAAAAGUUGUUCAAUUGAAA